AUGGAGGAGCCGAGCUACGUCGAGAUGUACGGUCCCGGUGGCGAGCUCCUCAAGAACGUCUCCGCCCCGGAUGGUCCCGAACAGGACGGCAACCCGGCGGUGGUCGAGCUGAUGACCGAGGGUGUGAAGGAGAUGAUCGUAUACAUGGGCGGCUCUGGAGCAGUUCGCAGGGUUCGUGAAUGCAAGCCAAAAGAGCCCUUCUGCCCAGGGCCGCCCGGCGAGCUCACCUUCAACAGCUUCAGCCACGGCGACGAGAUCGAGCCGGACUCCAUCAAGGGCGUGACCAUCACCGCCGAACGACGUGCAACGGCACCGCAGCCGGGCCACCCCAAGAACUGCUCCGGGCCUUUGUUGAUCUUGGACACCCGACACCCCGACUUCCGCAGCUUCGACAAGGACCUCAAGAAUUGCACGAAUUGCACCCUCAUGCUUUGGUCCAAGGACGGCAACCGAAAGAAGGUCAACGACUGCGGCGAGCAUCCGGGCGUAGCUAUCAGCUUUAAGUUCAAGAAGUUGCAGAGCCUAGUGGACAUUGAGCUCUGGGACAUGGAGGAGCCGAGCUACGUCGAGAUGUACGGUCCUGACGACGAGCUGCUCAAGAAUGUCUCCGCCCCAGACGGUCCGGAGCAGGACGGCAACCCGGCGGUGGUCGAGCUGAUGACAAAGGGUGUGAAGGAGAUGAUCGUGUACAUGGGCGGCUCUGGAGCAGUUCGCAGGAUAAGGGCCUGUAAGGCUCCGGGCAGUGUUGUUGGCGACCCGCACAUCUACACGCUGGAUGGCGACAAGUUCGACUUCUACCAGAACGGGACCUUCUCCGUGUUCCACUACUAUGGCCAGAAGCUGCUGCACCCCACAGAGAAGAAUGCGACCGUCGACUGGCAGCUCUACUCCCACUACGGCGGGCCAUUCUGGACCGCACAGGGCGUGCUCCUUGUGGACCGCUCCAUGGGCUCCAUGCGGCAAGCGCUGGAGCUGACCUCGAAGGACUGCCAGUGGUACAAGCGGGUGGGCCACACCUGGUUCCCUGUCAAAAGGAGGAGCCUCCUGACCUUCACAGACCACGCGAGCCACAAGGCCUUGACCAUGUUCGAGCACGUGCACGAGAAGAAGGUCGUUCUGAAGAUGAAGACCGAGAAUGGCUGGAAGGACACCUUGGUGCUCAACACCGUGUGCAAGCCUAGCGGCAUCAACAUGCGCAUCUCCAUGCCAGAUAUGGGCGAGAGUCGGUUCUUGGAGGGGCAGAUCCAGGUCGGCAAUGGCGAGGAGCAGAAGAAGUUCGUCAGGAAGCAGAACUGGACCGCUUUGGGGGGCAGCGGCCCGGCGGCGAACUUCAUCUCGCAGCUGGAGUCGAAGCCAAUCUUCUCUCAGCUGAGUGCCUGCGGCCAGGCGGAGAGGGCCAAGGCCGAACAGACCUGCAUCAAGCACCUGGGCACAGAGAUGCGCACGGCGACUGGCGACGACGCCAGCAUCUUCCGGGAUUGCGUCUCCGACGUCUGCCGCGGGGGCGAGGAGUUUGCCGUGGCCGCCAAGGAGCUUCUUGCAGCGUUCACUGACUAG